GGCUUACGUACGAUUGCUCGAAUACUCGUCGUCCGUCGUGACUCUGCCGGUGAUCUACUUGGACGCCGCUCAGGUGACGCGCGAUGCCGCCGUUGGAAACGCUGAUGGAAACGUUCUCGAUGACGCAGACGUUGCUGAAGACGCAUAUGCUGCCGAUGAUCUAUGCUGGCAACAACAUCACUCGGCUGGUGAUGAAACAUACAACAUCGCCCGCGCGGAAAAAACGAUUUUAUUGAAAGAUGAGGAAAAUUUAGUAAAAUCGUUCUUUCCGUGUGUGCCGGUGACGAAGACGCUGCCGCCGAUGAAGAUCUAUCAGUUUAUUCCAAGCAAGACGCUGAACGAGUUCAACUCCAAGCUCGACGAAACCGGCAACAAGCUCGACUUUGGCGACGACGAUCGCGACGAGAACAUGCUCAAGAGGGUGGUGGUGCCCAACAACGAUCCCGACCUGGACAUCUUCAAGUCAGCGUCGCCGUCCAAGGUGAAGAACGACGUUCACGACCAGCAGCAACGCCGAGCCUCAGCUCACUCCGAAGCAGGCCAACAAUUGGCUCUGCUGAAAUACUUCAAUCAACUACCCCAGGUUAUCACGACCUCCAGACCAGUCGGUAGUCACCUUGUAGACGCUAUACGAUUCGCACGUGAUUCCCGUGGUGAACGCGGGAAAUAUCAUCUAUUCCACGCUGACCAGGCCAGUCGGCACUGUACCUAAGAUGUCCUACGAGUACGGCACGUCCACCCUGAGCCCGAUGCUGCAGCCGCAAGUGCCGCAGCUGUUCCCGCAGCAGUCUCAAUUCACGAUGACGAGUGCGCCCCUGGUCACCCAGACUUUCGUCACCGUAUCCGACUCGCGGGUGCUAAAGCUCAUCUUCGGCGCCAAAACGGCCUACACCACCUUCUUCUCCACAAGAGUCAUGCCUACUGAACUCACUACCUAUAUCACCAACAUGGUGCCGGUGCAGCCGACCAGUACCAGCGUAUCCCUGUUUCUAUCCAGCGCCGAUGUCCUAUCCCCCCUUUCCCUUUGUCGGUUAGAUCUCGAUCCGACCUUUGUAUCCAUCAAGCCUUUCGCGGUCCAUUUCAAUUGCGGUCAAUCGCCAAGAAGACGUAUACGUCGUAUAUCAGAUCGUAAGCCGUAAAUUGUAAGAAUUGACCAAUCACAGUUGAACGUAAGAAAAAUAUUUGUUCCCUUUCGAACAAAAUAUUAGAUUUAUUAAUUUUUAUAAUUAUUUAAAGGGAAAAAACAUAAUUCUUUUUACAAUGAACUUCUACGAACGCUACGAUCCUAAACAAUUUUAUUAAUUUCGUGAAUAUUUUCUGCUAAUUCUUCCGAUAAAAGUACAUUAUAUUUCGCACAUCCAUUUGGUAUUAAUUGCCGUAGCAAUAAUCAGACAUUUAAUAAAUAAUAAUUGUAAAUUUAACAUUAUACUUAUCUAAAAUUUCUAAUAAAAAAUGUAUUAAAUGUAAAGAAUUCAUUUUUUAAUAUAAGUUUUAAUCAAUUUAUUCAUCAAAAUAAAAAAUAAGAAUCGACGUUAGCACUGCAAAUUUACAAUGUUUUUCAACAGACAACAGUUCUCCGAUAGGCGCGUCUGGGAAGUAUGCCUGUCGGCGCUAUAUCGCGUCAUUCUAUUCUUAUCUUACAUCUAAUGAAUGUUAAAGAUAAAACGUGAUAGCGCUGACGGCGUGCUCCCCAAACACGCCUUAUAUAUAAUUGCAAUUAUGUAAUAAAUGAGUCAAUAUAUGUUACUACAUAAUUAAAAUAGAACAUAAAGAGCGGUCUAACAUUGCAUGUUAGGCGAAAAAAACUGCAAAUUUACAGCAUUCCCUAGUAAAAAAUAACUUAGUGCAGUAAAAACACUACUGAAAUGUAGUAAUGUCACUUGAAUGUUCAACGGCGUCUACAAUGGGCAAUGGUAGUAAUAGAUUAAGAAGUAACACGUCGGAGUAAGCUGGUUUUUCGACGUAAUAGGGCGCAGAAUAAGUCCCUAAGCGAAAUAGUUGAAAUUCAUUUCCUACGGCUACUUUUUUGCUCUCAGCCAAUGAGAGCUCAGCAAUAACACGAAACGCGCGCAAUAAAAACCGAUGCAAUUUUCACAUUGGUUUAUUAUAACCUUUACUUAUAUGUCGUUGUAGAUACUCGGACAUAAGGAGACUUUAAUCCUACAGUUAAUUUAUUCCUAAUAAAGGGCAGUCUACAAUACGUCGUUUAUCAGAUCGUAAGCCAUAAAAAGCCGUAAGAAUUGACUAAUCACUGUUGAACGUAAGAAAAAUAUUCGACUACGAUUGGUCAAUUCUUAGUUAGUAUGAUAUGAGUGACUAACGACUUAUUGUAGAAAGCCCCUAACCCCCGCCUACUCUUUAAUUCAUUAUUGCUACUGCCCAUUGUAGACGACGCUUUCCACUUCACAAUUGUCGUCCGAUACAAACUGCUUUCACUUUUUUUGUACACUCUAUUUUUUUUACUUG